UUAUGGAGUUAAUCGAUUUGACAAGUGAAGCAUCUAAUUACAAUGUUUCCAAUAAUCAAUAUAUUAUUGAUGAGCCUACGUUAUUUCCGUGCCUUGUUGCAAAGCCUUUGGCCAAAACCACAAUGCCUUGCUAAGAAUAUCGUCCACACCUGAACAGAUAUAUCUAUGCGAUGCAAUUUAAUAGGAAUUAUAUAAUAAUGCAAAAUAAGAAAGUAUAUGGCAAUCAUUUUCCGAUACAAGGAAGAUACAUCUUUGCUUAAAAAGUUUCAAUAUUUCCACCAAACAAUAUUUUUGCGAGCUUUAAAUAUUGACUUAUUUCGGAUUUCUUAGAUGAAAUAGUCGUUCGAAUAAAAAUUAUUGGCAAAGCUGAUGCAUGAACAUAACCUAAAUGUCUGCAGGCAUAUGUGCUUAUAUGUUCUGGGAAUCUCGAUCACAUACAUGCAUAUAUAUUGUAAAAAGUUUUCGAUACGUUUGUAUCAAUAUCACGAAUACCGUAAUAAAUUUAUUAUGCUCCCAUAAUGUGUUGCGGUUAUAAAGAUUAUAGGUGAACUCGGUGCCAUAAGAUCUUAAAGAGAGACUUCUCCGUCCUUUUUUUUUAUUAAACUCUCAUAUAUAUAUGUAUUCUCUUCGUUAGAGACAUUUGUAAAGAAUAAUAUAUAUGUUAUAUGCACACUGAACACACAAUUCAUUCGAAUGUAAUUCAUUCAGGUAAGAGUCAUGUGAUAGACAAUGAAAAACUUGAACUAAUAAGAAAAACGCAAUUUCGCAAUUGAUAUAUCCGUUUACCCGGACAACAAUAAUAAUAAGAAAAGAAGAAUACAAAGGGGAAAAUGAAAAACCAAUAAUCUUGUUGUGUGUGUGUGUUAAUCGGCAAAAAAUAACCGAAAUAUAUUUGCCAUUGGGUCGGUCUGUGUGAAUUUUUUACGAACACAAUUAAUUUUAUCUAUAAUAAAAAACGUCAUAUGUGAAUAAUUUGUGCGCGCAUCAGUGAAUCAUUCAAAAAUAGUAACUAAAAAAAGGAAAGAAAAAGAAUAAAUCAAGAAAAAUACAAUGAGUUCACGUGGCGUACUAAUAGCAACCGAUUCGAUCGAUUCAAUUGAUUUCGAUGGUGUGGAAACUUUCGGUCGCUCACCGAAAACACCGCCAAUCCACAUAGAUUUGCAACAUGGAAAAUUCAUAAAAUUUCAAUGUAAAUGUUUUACGGAUUUAAAUUUAACAAAAUGCGAAUGCAAAUUUGAAGGUAGCGAUUCGCCAUUGUUGGGUGCACCCUGUUCAACGUCAAAAAUUGUAAUUGACGAAACCAGCACAGAUGACGGAUUGCCUAAUGAAAUAUCUGCUCCCUAUGAAGUGCCGCAAUUUCCUAUUGAACAGAUUGAGAAAAAGUUGCAAAUCCAAAGGCAACUAAAUUACCAUUAUUUGGCCGAUAAGCAUUCCGUAACGGGAGACUUUACAGAUGAGAGUGUCAAUGUUGUCGACCAUGAAUUGGUUCCUAAUUUUCAGCGUGUUUCAAUUUCGGGAGAAGAUACGAGCGGUGUACCAUUGGAAGAUUUAGAGAGAGCUUCAACGCUUUUGAUACAAGCAUUGGAAAUGCGUUCACGUUACAUGUCCAUUUCGGAGCAAGCAUUUCCGACCACUACACUACGAUUUUUGAAAACUGUCCACGAGAGUCAACGUUUCAAUAAAAUUCAAUAUGAGGAUCGCAAAUCAAUCGCAGCUUUAAUACGCAAAAUCAGUCUGCCAAUGAUCCUCUUACCGCCUAGAGAUCAUCCAAUACAUCCACCUACUGAAACAAGCAAUCCUUGGGAUAUUGAAUUUCCAUCCGACACUAACUACAUCAUAAAGACGGUUAAUGGUGUCUUUAAUAUUUUUCAAAGUGAGGAUGCAAAAGAACCAUUACUUCCGAAUUAUCCAAAGUUGAAGGAUUUUUGUAAUGAUAUGCAAAUAAUGUGCACCAUGAUUGCUGAUGGACCAUUAAAGUCAUUCUGCUAUAGACGUUUAUGCUACCUAUCGUCAAAAUUUCAAUUACACGUUUUACUCAAUGAAUUAAGAGAAUUGGCGUCUCAGAAGGCCGUGCCUCAUCGCGAUUUCUAUAACAUUAGGAAGGUUGAUACUCAUAUACAUGCGGCUUCGUGUAUGAAUCAGAAGCAUUUGUUACGUUUUAUUAAGAAGACUUUGAAGAACUAUGCCAAUGAGGUUGUUACAGUAACAAAAGGUCAACAAAUGACAUUGUGCGAGGUGUUCAGAUCUAUGAAUUUAACUACUUAUGAUUUGACGGUGGACAUGUUAGAUGUGCAUGCCGAUCGCAACACGUUUCAUCGUUUUGAUAAAUUCAAUGCCAAAUAUAAUCCAAUUGGCGAAUCACGAUUACGUGAAGUUUUCUUAAAGACAGACAACUAUUCAAAUGGAAAAUACUUUGCUCAAAUUAUCAAGGAAGUGGCCUUCGACUUGGAAGAAUCGAAAUAUCAAAACGCCGAAUUGCGUUUAUCAAUUUAUGGUAAAUCGCGAGAUGAAUGGAAAAAAUUGGCCAAAUGGGCUAUCGAUUACAAUGUUUAUUCCACUAAUAUUCGCUGGCUGAUUCAAAUUCCCAGACUUUUUGAUAUAUUCAAAUCGAAUAAAUUGUUAAAUUCAUUCCAAGAUAUAUUGGAUAACAUAUUUCUACCGUUGUUUGAGGCAACUAGCAAUCCUAGUAAACAUCCUGAAUUGCAUCGAUUCUUGCAUUAUGUUAUUGGCUUCGAUUCGGUGGAUGAUGAAUCAAAACCGGAAAAUCCAUUGUUUGACGGUGAUAUUAUCACUCCAGAAAAUUGGACCGAUGAUGAAAAUCCACCAUAUGCAUACUAUAUUUACUAUAUGUACGCUAAUAUGACGGUCCUAAAUCAAUUUCGCAAACAACGCGGUUUAAAUACAUUUGUUUUACGUCCUCAUUGCGGUGAAGCAGGACCGGUACAGCAUCUAGUGUGCGGUUAUUUAAUGGCUGAAAAUAUAUCGCACGGUCUGUUAUUACGCAAAGUACCCGUGCUUCAGUAUCUCUAUUAUUUGGCACAAAUCGGUAUUGCCAUGUCUCCGCUCUCCAAUAACUCGUUGUUCCUUAAUUAUCAUCGGAAUCCAUUGCCCGAAUAUUUAGCCAGAGGUCUUAUCGUAUCAUUAUCGACAGACGAUCCGCUACAAUUUCACUUUACUAAAGAGCCGCUAAUGGAAGAAUAUAGUAUUGCUGCUCAAGUAUGGAAAUUGAGUUCAUGCGAUAUGUGCGAAUUGGCGCGAAAUAGUGUUUUAAUGAGCGGUUUUCCACACAUGAUGAAACAACACUGGUUAGGGCCGAAUUAUACGCGUGAAGGCGUUGCCGGCAAUGAUAUAACACGUACUAAUGUGCCUGAUAUUCGAGUAGCGUAUCGUUCGGAAACAUUGCUCGAUGAGCUUUCCAACAUUUUCAAAGUUCAUCAGCAUCCUCACGCCAUUGCGGAGAGUCCUUAAGUUAAGAAAUUACAAAGGAUCGAAAAUUCUUACGUAUUUCAUAUAAUUUUGUAUAGCAAAAAAAAAAAAAAAAAAUAAAUAAAUAAAAUAAAAACGUCUAUAUAUUCAUAU